UACAGCUAACGCAUAUCAAAGCAUUAUUGCAUCGUCGCGGCAGGGGUCGCAGCACACUGAAUUGUAGUGGGCAAGGAUAAAUCGUUUAAGAAAUACUCUAUGAGGGAGCGCCGUAAUGUAAAUAUUAAUCUACAAAACCAUAUCGCACUCCGCUUUUAUUGAAUUCAUAGUGUAUUCAAUCGUGGCUUUUAUUACAAUCGUACAUUGAACAUUCAUUCGUACACCGUUGCAAUGAUUACAACGAAGACAUUCGAGCUGGUAAACUAGCUAGGUGAUUGCAUGAAGAAAUGGCCUGAAUGCAGGAAGAAGGAAACGAUAAACGGAGGAGGAGGAAGAGAAGAGGGAGAAGAACUUGUAUAUACGACCUUCUGGACGAUCAGUAUGCCGAAACAGAAACCAAGCAGUGUCCAAAACCAGGAGAACACCGCGAAGGAAUACAAGAAACUCCCUUCAUGUACGAUUGCGAAUGAACAACCACAUGACCAUGGCUCGACCACGUCACGCCUUGACGAAAAAAAGUCGUCCAGACGAAAAUGGCGACUAAAGCCGAACCAACGCGCCAAAAAGAAGUCGGACACCAGCGAUCACCAGCAGGCUGAGGUGUUGGUGUCCUGCGUAUCAAAAGAGGUCAGACUUGAAAAGCUACAAAAGGACGUCGACGAGGUGGUUGAGAUCGUGCGUGGGAACGUCGAGGGAAUCUUGGAGAGGGAAGGAAAGGUAGAAGAUCUGGAGAUAGCGGCUGAGAGAUUACAUGAUGCGGGUUUGGAGUUCAAAAAAACUGGAAGAGGUGUGAGAUGGAAAUACUGGUGGAACAACAAUCGCUGCUGCAUACGUUUCCUAAUUGGUAUGAUAACAUUUGUCAUAUUUAUCAGUCUCGUCGCUGGGCUCACCAAGAGGUUUGGAACCCAUGACCUUACGAGCGCUACACUCAUGACGAACGUUACCACUGAACCACUCUUUAACGUCUCAUCUAGUGUUAUGCCAACACAAAUAACACCGAGUGUGAUAGAUAGAAAUAGAACGGGAUUCCCACCCGAUCGAAGAGGAUUGUUAAUCUAGAUGUUCGACCACAACAGGACGAGUUCGGUAUUUAGCUAAGAGGUUUCGCACCAAUGACGAACGUAACCACUGAACCAUUAAUUCGACUAACGUCUCGACUAGUCUUAUGGAAAUAUUUUAUUGUCUGGCGAGUUUAACAGGCUGCCUCCCGACAUUUUAGAUUACUAUCUCCUGUGGAUGUGUUCGAUAUAUUCUUUGAAAUGACUCAUUUAGAAAAUAUAUCUCAUGUUGGGGAUGUUAAUUAUUUCCCACAUAUUUGAUGUUAUGUACAUAACCGCAAGCUUCCAUUUAAUGAGUAAACUUGGUUUAUGUAGAACCUUAUGGUGUCAGCUAUCAGAAAAAUUGAAAUAAUGCUCGUUGAUUUUGAAAAAAAAUAAUACAAGUAACAUAUUUUAUUCACAUUUUUUUUUGCAAAUCUGUAAAUAGCAAUGGUGAUUUUAAUGAAGUACUAGCUAUUGUAAGCACUUCCAGUACUAUUGUUAUUUAAGACU